AUGGCAGAGUCAGCUGUUAGAACCGUGAUUGGGAGCGUGGGCAAUCUUGCGGUUCAUGAGACCAAAUUCUUAUGCGGGGUUACCGUUGAAGUGGCCUUCUUGAAAGACGAGCUCAUGCGGCUACAAGCCUACCUCAAAGACGCCGACAACAAAUGGCGGUCAGGAAAUGCGAGAGUUGCUAUAUUGGUCACCCAGAUCAGGACUGCAGCGUAUGAGGCUCAGAAUGUCAUCGAAGCUGCAGAUUACAUGGAGAAGAGAAGGAGACUCAAAAAGGGGUUCAUGGGUGCCAUUUCAAGGUAUGCCUGUUUGCCGAGUGAUUUGGCCAACCUUCAUAAAAUCGGUGUUGAAAUUCAACGCGUAAGAAGGAAGCUCAGUGAGAUAUUUCAAAGUGCAGAUCAUCUGAGAAUUGAUUUGGAUAAUACUGUUGUGGUGAGCGGCCAAGUUGAGGAUGAGUUUCCACAAGAUUGGGGCCUUAGGCAUCAAAACUAUGAAGAUGAUGUUGUUGUGGUUGGACAAAUACUUAGUGUUGUCUCCAUAGUUGCCAUGGGUGGAGCGGGGAAAACAACACUUGCAAGAAAGGUAUACACUUCAUCUAGAGUUAAACAACACUUCAACACAGUUGCUUGGGUGACCGUAUCUCAGAAAUUCAACGGUGCUGAUUUACUAAAGGAGAUUAUGAAACAAAUUAUAGGGGAGAAAGAUGAGUUAAUUGACCAAAUGCAGGAGUAUGAGGUGGGAAAGAAAAUCAAUGGAUUUCUGUUGGAACGAAGAUAUUUGGUAGUUCUCGAUGAUGUGUGGGAGGAAGACACAUGGGACCAACUAAAUAGAACGAUCAAAGCCUUUCCGGAUACAAAUAAUGGUAGUAAGGUAUUAUUAACGACACGUAAAGAAAAAGUAGCAAACCAUAUUGAAAUGCCAACCCACGUUCAUGUUUUGAAGGAGUUAGACCAAGAGAAAAGUUGGGAACUUUUUAGUAGCAAAGCUAUACCAACAUACAGAAGGUCCGUCAUAGGUGAUGUGAGUGAGUUGGAACAACUAGGGCGAUUGCUUGCAAGAAAGUGUGAUGGUUUACCACUUGCACUCGCUGUUUUGGGAGGUUACCUAUCAAAGAAUCUAAAUUUGGAAGCAUGGUCGGAGACAUUGUCGUGUUGGCCAUCAACUAGAAACACACAGCUGAUGCACGACAUACUAGCUCGCAGUUACAAGGACAUGACCGACCAUUAUUUAAGAUCUUGUUUCCUCUAUCUUGCUAGUUUUCCUGAGGAUUUCAGGAUAGAUGUAUCUGUUCUUAUUGCACUAUGGAUAGCAGAAGACUUUAUUCCACAAGCCCCAAAACAUGAACAAGAAGAAACUGCACGCAAGUAUGUAGCUGAGCUAGCUCAAAGAAGCCUGUUGCAGGUUACUCGCAGAAGCAUGGCACACGGAUGGAUUGAGCAAAUAGGGGUACAUGAUAUUUUACGUUAUUGGUGUGUAGAAGAGGCAAGACAAGAUGGUUUUCUUGAUGUCAUCGAUAAAAUUUCAGGCCAAGUUGGUGUAGCAUUGACUGAUAUGAUGAUAUCAUAUCGUUCUUCUUAUCAAGAUUACAGUGGUCAGAAUUUGCAGGCAACACCAAAUCUUCGAGCUCUAAUUGGCUUUCAACUUCCAUCGAUAUCCCUCCCUAAACUCAGAUUUCUUCGAGUUCUUCACAUCCAAAAUUCAAGGCUAAGAGAUUUCUCUGGUGCAAUUGCUGGAUGCAUUCACCUAAGAUGCCUCAGGCAUGUUUACCUUUGUGAUGGAUUUUCUCCACCAAGCAGUGUGCAACAACAAAAAGAGCUCCGGACCUUCCGGUUAAAAGAUUCUCUUGCUACAAGUAAAUUCUGCAAUUUUGACAUGGUGAGGUUUUUGGGUCAAAUGACAGAACUAACAACCCUGUCAUUGGUAAUACUUCCAAACAUGCUUGCGGAGAUGAUGAAUGUAUUUGCAAACAUGCCUCGCUUGGUUGAUGUUGAACUCUAUAAACUGAGUGCGUUUGACAAAUUUCCUGAGAGCCAUCAGUUUCCACAAAACAUACGAAGUUUGAGUCUAUAUGCUAACGCCUUCAAACAAGACCCGAUGCCGGCGUUGGAGAAUCUUCAGUGUCUUGUGGUACUAAAGUUGGAAGGGUACAGUGGCCGAAUAAUGUCAUGCUCUGCACGGGGUUUUCCUCGUCUACAAAAUUUGGAGCUUUUUAGUUUUUCUUACACCGAGGAGUGGACAAUUGAAGUAACGACCAUGCCAAAGCUCUCCCACCUGAUACUCGAGGGGUUCCAUAAGAUGAGAAAGCUCCCCGAUGGGUUGCUGCAAAUUCCGUCCCUUAAUCAUCUAGAACUAGAAGAUGUGCCCUUGAUAUCUGUUGGACAUGAUAGCACGUCGAAGGAGCUGCAGAAGAAAGGAUGCAAGGUGCUGCCGCCGAUCCGUGGAGCUCAACUUGUCGGUCUUCUGGAUAGAACUGAUGCCGCUGCCAAGAAGCUGAUGGUCAUCGAACCAGCGGACGCCGAUGCCUCCAAGCCGGCCAAGACGGCGCCGAAUUCGGCAUACGCAGCCUGGCUGUCCAGGGACCAGAUCGCCCUGGCAUAUCUUCAGCAGACGCUCCUGUUCAUCGGAUCGAGCACUCCGCAGAACUCUAGCGUUCCAUCGAACAGAUGUUUGCCGCCCAAAGCGAGGUCCGGGAAUUCCAACCUGCUGAUCGCCCUCGCCAACACCAAACGCCAUCAAUUCCCCACUACAUCGGCUUACCUCACCAAGAUGCAAGGUUUUGCCGACGAUCUUGCUGCUGCUGGACGUGUUCUCCUCGAUAAGGAACUCGUUUCCUACAUCCUGGCUGGCCUCGGAUCCGGAUAUGACGCCCUGGUGGCAGCCCUGGGCGUGGUCACCACGCCGCUGUCCCUGGGCACUCUGUACUCACAGAUCCAAAGCUUCGAUCAACGCCAAGAGAUGCAUAAUGGUGGCUCCCAUGGCGACUUUGAAUCAUCUGCCAAUGCCGCCUCUCGCCAGCGCCGUCCCCGCUCCAACAGCCAGUACUAUGGCCGCCCGCGUGGUGACCGCGGUGACCGUCGGGAGGACAGAUGCGAGGACAGGCGAGAUGAUCUCCGUGACUCUCGCCGCGAGGAUCGCCCGCAGCUGCACUUCGGCCGUGGGGGUGGACGUGCACCUCUAGGAGGGGGCCGUGGCCGUGGACGUGGCCGCCGCCGCACCACACCCUGGGUCGAUGUCAUGUGUCAGAUUUGCAACAAGGAGGGACACACCGCCAAGGAUUGCUGGUGGCAUUUUGAAGAUGAUGAUGAUGACUCCUAUGGUGACAAAGAAGGCAAUGAUGCAUACUAUGGUGUUGACACCAAUUGGUACUCCGAUACGGGUGCCACACAUCACAUCACCGGUGAGCUCAACAAUUUGACGGUCCGUGAUGCAUACAAGGGCAAUGACAGGGUCAACACGGCCAAUGGGCAAGCAAUCCACCUCGGGAUCGUCAAGAUCCUCCUCGGAUCAGCCGCCCGCCUCUCCGCAUCCACCACCUGGCGGCUCAGCCUCAUCUCCCGUGCGUGCCCUGCGCUAGGCCCCGCCAAAUCAGCAGCAGCAGCCGCAGCGGUCCCCACCCGGAUCCUCUACGCCAGACCGCGCGCCCACGCCAACCCACAUCUCCCCUGCGGCCACACCAUCGGCUACAGGAUCCUCGGCGCCUGA